UGGUUCCCUUGACUACCGCAGGAUGCCUACCCAUAGGCCCUGGGAGAGAGAGAAAAGGCAGGGCCAGAGACGGAGGGAAAAGAGAGCGGAAAGAAGUAAAAAAGGAGGCAAGCCACGUCCCGUCCUUAACUUUAUUUGCUUUUUCAAGUUUGUGUUUUCAAAGCAGGCCAGAUGGCUGCCACUGGGUUGGGUUGAAGGCCUACAGAGUGACAUCCUACUCCCUGUAAACUGAGGGCCAUGCGCGUCACACUGCGGCCUCGUAGUGGCUGCCUGGUGCUGUGUCUGUGCCUGUCUGUGGUCACCCUGCUGUUACAGAGCCUGUGGGUGCCACUGGAGAUGACCAGAGAUGAUCCUGCAGGGAGCUCACCCGAGGAUCUGGGUCAGCGUGGGCUUAGCUUUCGUAACCUGGCUCUUCGCUUGGAGGCUUUGAAUACUCAGGUACAGAGGCUGAGCAGAGAGAAAGAUGGCUCCAAGCUGAUCAGAAAUGAUCUCACUUUGCUGCUGCAAAGCUUCAGACAGGACCAGCAAGGUUUGGCUCGUUUAGUAGAAAGAGAGCUGAAAAGAGUAUCGCAGAGGCUUGAUCAGCUCAGCCGUCACCACCAACACCACCAUCAGGCUGAAGCUCCAACACCACUUGUUAGCCGUAGAUCACACACAGGGUCCAACGAGAAGUGUCAAGUGCCAGUGGAUCCUGCAUAUCCAGUAUGUGCAGAGAAGGUGGAGUUCCUGCAGGCUCAGUGGCAGUCAGACCCCUGUUAUGCUUUUUAUGGAGUGGAUGGUACCACUUGCUCCGUACUGACUUACCUCAGCCAGACAGAGGACUUUUGUCCCCCUCGAGAUGGAAGAAACCACUCUAGUCUGCCAUGGCAUCAGAAACCUCAAGCUCACACAAAGAAGGCUGAGAUACGUAAAUCUCUACUCUCACUGUAUGAGGCGAUCAGCAACAACAGCAGCCCAGCAAUGAAGUUUAUCCGCUCCAGAGUGGAAAAAAUGUCUGAACGGUGGAUACAGGCUGGUCUGAGGAUGAAAGAGAGCAGCAAUAACACAGUCUCCACACAGAUGAGGGUGCUGCUUUAUCCUGGUGCCCUAUCUGGAAGUGUUGGCCAGCGUUUUGAAGCAAUGGUGGAAAGAGGUGGUCCUUUAGGAGAACUGGUUCAGUGGGCAGACCUCAGCGCUUGCCUAACAAUCCUUGGCCACAACCUGAUCUUCAGCACCUCACAGCACCAACUUCACAGCUUGAUAGGUGCUGCUCCAGGCAGAGGCAGCUGUCCGAUCCAAAGGCCCCUCACCUUUGACCUCAUUUAUACCGACUAUCAUGGCCUCGCUCACCUCCAAGGAGCCAUGGGACUGGCUUUCAAGCAUUACCAGUGUCGCUUCAGAAUCUUGGACUCAUUUGGCACUGAACCAGCCUUUAACUUUGCGAGCUACGCACGUAGCCAUGGAUAUAAAACGCUGUGGGGCAGCUGGGAUCUCCAACCUCCACAGUACAUGACCAUGUUCCCUCACACUCCUGAUAAUUCCUUCCUGGGCUUUGUGAGUGAAGGGACCGUUAGGAAGGGAAGCGAGCUCGAGCCAGUGAGCUACAAGAAAGACAGGAUAGCGGUGGUCUAUGGAAAACAGGACUACAUGUGGCAGGGUAAAUAUGAGUAUGUGAAAGUGAUCAGUGAAGAACUGGAGACUCACGCCACAGUCUAUCAGCCUCCUGGACACACAUUGCAUCUGCCCAGCUUCAUCAGAAACCACGGACUGCUGACUCAGGAACACUUUCAACAACUUCUCCGUAAAGCUAAGUUGUUUGUAGGUCUUGGCUUCCCCUAUGAAGGUCCAGCACCUAUUGAGGCAAUAGGAAUGGGAUGUGUCUUUAUUCAGCCUAGAUUUGACCCUCCACACUCAUCAGCCAGCAAUGACUUCUACAAGGGCAAGCCCACCACAAGACAGAUCUCCUCCCAGCACCCUUAUGCUGAGGAAUUCAUUGGUAAACCCUACGUAUGGACUGUGGAUGUGACCAACAAGAGUGACAUACGCGAGGCCGUCAAAGCGAUUCUAAGAAGUGAGGUGAAGUCCUUCACUCCUCAGGAGUUCACUUGUGUGGGAAUGCUGAAGCGGGUCCUUGGUUACAUCACUCACCAGAAUUUCUGCAGUAAAUCUGUCCCUACUUGGCCACCAAAAAGUGCUCUGAGGGUUCACCUCGCUCCACUGGGUCAGUCCUGUGUGAGUGUGUGCCGGCGGUCCUCCCUCAUGUGUGAGCCGGCUCUGUUUCACCACCUCAACACCCCUGCUGCGUUUACCAGGCUUGGAUUAAGUUGCGCCAGCGUGCUGCCGGAACUCAACCACUUGUUUCCUUCUUACAGUCCUUGGGGUCGUCAGUGUGGCCUCCAGCAGGAGUCCCUGCUUUUCAGUUGUGCUGGCUCUGAUCCGUCCUAUCGCAGACUGUGUCCCUGCAAAUCUCACCUAACUGGAUAGGUUGCAAUCUGUCUUGACUGCCUCUAAGUAACACUGAAAGAACUCAGGAAAAGCACCAAAGAGCCAUCUGCAAUGCAUGCUGUACAGAUAAAGAUUCCCAACAAAAGGGAGACAGCUCUCCCGCCAAAGCCAUUGAAAGCCUUGCAGUCAUGUUUGUGUACGUGUACACAUUCAAAUAACAUACAAUUCUGAGGAAGUAACCAUGACUGAAUGUCAUUUCCUUAAAGUACUUGACAAGCUGAAGAACUGUAAAUCCAAGGCCUGAUUUCCCUUGGCGUCAAGUGUUACUGUAGCUUAAGAAAAAAAAGCCUUUGAAUGCCGGCAAUAUGCACCUCAGGGAAAAUGUGUUUACAUGUGUUUAAAUCAAGUGGAAACUGGCACCGGCGAGUACAAAAGCAGACCAGUUUACAUCAGUUCUUCGCCUACUCUAGUCAUACACAGUGCAGUAGGCUUCAGUGUUAUGCAAAAUAAGUAUCUAAUUAUUCAUUCGCUUACAGUAAUGUAUCACAGUGGCCAGUGCUGCAUGGGAUUGCUGCUCAUGUUGCUCCUUCAUGCUUUGCUGGCUGCAGAUAUUAGCCUGGGGCCUUAAAGGAGAGAGGGUGACAGCCUAAGUGAUGAGGCUCAUUAUCGGAGUGAAUCAUGGAUAACCUCUGAAUCCAUUUGGGAGGUCACAGCCGUAUGACCAUUAUUAUACUGUCAUCUAAACCAUUGGUUCCCAACCAUCUUUGACUUAGGAAACCCCCUCAGCUCUUUUUAAAUCUAUGCCCCCCCCCCACUAUUGCUGUAGGAAGGAACUCAUUGUUUGUCUUUCAAAUGCAAACUUUAUGUCAUUUAAACCUGGGAAAAAAGUCAGUUAAGACAGAAUUAAUUGUAUUUUCAUGAUUUUUUUUAAAAUAGAAAUUAAAGCUUAAAAUGAUUUUAAUCACAACGAGUGUCUCAUUUUGCACUGGGGUUCCAGGAUUAUUCCCCGAUUGCUUCAUGACUUACAGAUUUGUUGAGAGCCCAAGGGUGCGUUACGGUCCAAGCUGAUAUGAACAAAAAUGGAAAUCUUACAUAUGUACAUUUAAUCAUUUCCAUUCUGAAAGCUCAAAGAGUCACACAGGCUUUUCUCUUCACCCCCACCAACCGGUUGCACAACUACACGUGAAAGAAACAAAUGAUAACAAGUAAAGGUGAAACUACAGCUCACAGUCAGUGAUGAGGUGCUGCACUUACAAAGCACAGCUGUUAGCAAAGAUGGCUCCAGCAAUGGCAACAAGCUGCUGUUUUGAGCUUGACUGAUGUGAGGUUUUUCUUGGAAACAACACGCUGAUGAACUGGUGGAAAAAGAGACCUUUUUUUUUGCUUCGGUACAUUUUAUGUGACCAGAACAUGUUGUCACUCAGAGAUCAGACCGCUCAGGCCUGCGACAACAAGACUAGUUGACAACAUGAUAGACUAGUAAAUGGCUGUGAAAUCGUCCACAAAAACAAUAUUUGUGACAGCUUUUGUGCAUUUCUGUGAAUUUGUCUGGCUCUGUCAGAUGUGACUUUUGCAAAAUUAGCUGGACCCGUCCAAAGAUGAUGGAAAUGGACUUGUAUUUAAGUCAGGAGGGUAUUUGAAACAAAGGAAAAUUAAAGUUGUUUUU